GCACUAAUAGCCUGGCUGUGCCCAACCAUCAGCUACAUGUUGGCCUGAGACACGGUUUCAAUCUCCUUGAAUGCUUCCAUAGCGACCUCAAGAUGGUGCGUCUCAUGCACUACCUCUGCAAGAAGGCGAAAAACGAGGAUAAGGUCGACAAGGACUUCGUUUUCGAUUAUACGUCUGCCUUCGACUUCAAGUCUGCCCAUACGUUCAAUAACGAGCGGCGGCACAAAACCGUCUUCAAGUAUAAUGAUCAGGAUUAUGUCGUCGACAUCUCUGAGUGCGAGCAAGAGCCUUGGCAGAGCGCUGUGCUUCGAGCCAUAGUCACGGUCCUAUGCUAUGUUGUACUAGUAGUGACGUUCCCCAUCUCCGGAUGGGUCUGCGUUAAGAGAGUCACAUCUCUGGAGCGCAUGGCGAUAUUUCGUCUCGGAAAACUGAUGCCGGUUCAAGGUCCCGGCAUUGUGAUAGUCUUCCCCGGUGUGGAUAACCAUCGCAAAAUCGACUUAAGGCCACAGACCAUCGAGAUCGAACCCCGACAGAUCCUGCUGGGCGAUGGAGCGGUCGUGGAGUUAUCAUGUUCGCUGGAUUGUCAGGUGGUGAAUUCGGUGCAGUACGUGACUCGAGUCAGAGAGGUGGAUUCAACGGUGAAACUUUUGUGUCAGCAUUGCCUCUCAUCUGUGGUUGGGAUGGCAGAGCAAGAGGACCUCGAGAGACGUAAAGAAAGCCUAGAAUCAUCACUACUGACAAAACUCAACGACAGCAUCGUUCCGUGGGGCCUUGAAGUCAUCAAAGUGACCAUCCAACUCGAUCAAGUCGUACGCGAAGCGGAACCCAUGAACGCGAUCAGUCCCCUGGUGAAAGUCAUCAAGAGUGCCCUGGGCUUAGGCGGAGACGAUGAGGAAGACAAACCUCCGAAGCUCCUCGGUAAAAUUGUGGACGGAAAACCUCCAAAAGCGGGUGCUCUCCACAUCGUACCCGCGGUCCCGAAUGAUGGUCAAUUCACCCAACUGACGAUGGUCCUUCAGCAACUGGCCAUCCACUCAUCCCGUCACGAGGCGAUGAACAACAUCACCGCGAAUUACAAGUUCUUGCUCCAUGGAGCCGGAGGGAACGUGAAGGAGGUGUACCCUGUCUGUCUCCUGUUCGAUAAGGGAAACGUCGACGUGAAAUCCGGCACCGCCGAAGUGGCAGGUGUUAAGCCAGACGUCACCCUCGAAAUGACAUCGGACGAUCUCACGCUGAUCGUCCUCGGGAAGAUGUCUCCGCUGAAAGGCUAUAUGGGCGGCAAAAUCGGAGUCAAGGGGGACUGGACCUUGCUGAGGAAGUUUAUGCAAGUAGUUCAAGGGCAAUAGACUCUUAUAGACUUCUAGCCUCGGAGUCCGCGAUCUCAGCUAGGAAUCGUCAGUUUCUAUGAACGCUAGCUCAUUCGAGGUGGGAAUGGAUGAGAUUCUCCAGAAUGAGCUCAGAUAUCGCAGUCAUCUUACUACCUCAUCUAUCGUAGAACUUCAGCAUCGUCUCUCAU